UGUGAUCAAUUGCACGAGUUUGCAACUUGGUUUAUUCAUAAGUCGAGGCUACCAUCAAAAUAUUUUAAGUAUGGCAAGGAUCAUGACGACAAGACUUUGUCCAAAUCUUGCGGCAUUUGUUAUACUGAUGCUAGCAUUUGGUUUGUCCUCAAAAAUGUCCGAUGAAGUUCGACGAGGAAAACUUGUUGGAACGAUGACACGGUUUACGUAUCUUUUUGCUUUUGGUACUUGGCUGGGAAUCCAGUUCUGGGCCACUUUCAUCGCAGGCGCGACAAUGUAUUUCAACAUGGCAAGACACUCCUUUGGUCAACUACAGAGCAAACUUUUCCCCAAGUAUUUCCUGGCUGGCAGUUAUUUAUCUGUGUUAUCCCUUACUUCGUAUAUUCUCAUGCACCCUAUGGACGUAUGGGAAGGGCGCCAUAAAAUACAAAGAGCGGUGAGAGAUUGCCGAGAAAAAAGAACUUGCAGAAAGCACCUUAUAAGAAAAAACAAAAUAUCUAAGGAUCUGUGUUCUUCGACUAUGCAAAUGACGUCGAUGUUUGGGCAGAAAGUUUUCUGUUGUGUGCUGGCCUUGAUAAUCGCCUCGUUUUCUGAAAAUAUCAAGCUUUUAUUUCGUGAUGGGCUGUUUAAUCGAACUUUUCAACUUUAUAUCCAUUCUCUCUCCAUUAGUUCUUGGAUUGGAACUCAAGCUUGGGUCAUCUUUGUUGCUGGUAUCACAAUGUACUUUAAUAUGCCACGYCAUGUAUUUGGUCACAUACAGUCCAAACUCUGGCCGAUCUAUUUUAAGCUUGGGACCACUUUAACAGUCAUCGCUCUUCUAACGAAUAAAGCAGUAUUAGGACUUAAAGAAAAAAAGACCCCCAUGGAAGAGUUACAGUUUGCAUCCGGUCUCCUCGUCUCUCUUCUUUGUGGAGUACUGAACUGCUUCGUGUUUGAACCCAACGCCACAAGACUCUGGAUGGACAGAUUUGCUUUUGAAAAAGAACGAGGAUUUGGAAACGAGAUUGGUCCAAUCAAAGACAAGGAUCUAUUAUCCAAUCAAAAGUACAAGGCUCUUACGCAUGCGUUCGCUAAGUAUCAUGGGAUGUCGUCGUUGGCGACUGUCUUUUCCUUCAUUGGUGGUCUUGUACAUCUAUGGUACUUGACGUGUCACUUAAUAACGUGACGCUCGCCAUGCCUUCUUAGGAACUAUAUAUCUAAAAAUUAAAAUGUCAGAAUCUUAUUGUAUAAUAGUGUACAAACUAAGUAGAUGAUAUUCCUUCAAAGCACUAAACAUUUUGAUAUUAAGGGCUUGCACAAGCUCAAUCAAUCAUUUUACAAUGAACUCUAAUUAUGUCCACGAAACAUUUUGUAAGAAAUUUCUAACUAUUUCAACAAUGGAGAACAAAGGAUUUUGUUCGAGCUCUGCAUAAUUUCGCUAGCGAAGUAUUUAGUGGAUAUAGAGAAUGUAGAAGAAUAAGGUGUAAGCUAUCCAGCUGAUCUGAGAAAAAAUGUUAGCCAAUCAGAAUCGAGAAAAUUUGCAAAACUGAAUUGUCACCCUUGGUAGCCUGGCUUUCAAAAUGGCGGACUUACGUGCUCGACGGGGAAAAGUUUAUUGUUUAUUCUUCUUUGUCCUUGGGGUGAUUUUCUGAAAUCUCUUCGCUGGCUUUUGUGUAUCUUGAUCUUAAAAGGCCAUUGAACAUUUUGUUGAGUCCAUUGUACAUCCUAAUAAUCCAUUGGAGGUUGUGAUUUUCCGUUUUAGCAGAUAAUAUGAAUAGAUUUUUAUUUUCAACACUUACAAAUGUUUUAUAUUUUCGCCGGCUCGCGACGCGUCCGUCCACUGCUCACGCAAAUAUUUAUGCAUUUAAUUAAAUUUGGUAGACCGCUGGUCAGUCCUGUGGGCCCAAGGACAACUCAGUUUUGCAAAUACGUCAUCAUGACGUCACAUUUCAGAUCAGCUGGAUUUAUUUAUUAUGGUAGAGUGCAAACACUAAAACCAUGAAAACUUAAGUAAUUACAGUGCUAAAUUGUAGACUGAA